AUGUAUACUGGGCAGGAAGACCCAGUAUCCCACGUCCACAACUUUGAGUUGCAAACUGACCUCCAGGGGGUUCAGGAUGAUGCUAGGUGCAGGAUUUUCCCGGCCACCCUAUCAGAAACUGCCCAGCAAUGGUUUUUCAAGCUACAGUCAGGGUCAAUCACGUCAUGGGAUAGUUUUGUCCGCAUAUUCUAUUCUCAGUUCUCAUCGGCAAUGCCCCUUCCAACCAAGCCAAAUGAUUUGGUGGACAUAAAACAAAGGGACAACGAGCCUUUAAAAGACUACAUUCAACGUUUCAUGCAAGAGGCCACCAGAGUGAAGUCCCUUAGUGAUGAUGGUAAGUUGAUAGCCAUCAUUUCGAGAGUCAAGUCAGCGCGCACCACUCAAGAAUUCCUUGAUAGGGCAGAAGAAUUUAUCAAGCUAGAGGAAGUUGAACGGAAGGUGGAUAAUCCUACCCAGGAAACUGCCGAGCAGGAGAAAACAAAAGCUGGGAACACCACCAACCUUACAGAAGGAAGUAAAAAUGGGGGCAAGAAUGACAAACGCGGUAAUAGAGCUGGAGGUGACAGUAACCAGAAUAAUAAUAAGAAACCUAAGACCACCAAGCCGCCAAAAUGGCGAGAAUACGUGCCCAAAUUUGCUACUUACACUAUCCUGAUGGAGUCUUGA